GUACUGUGGUAUUUUUGCGGAUUGUGCAGUUAAAUAUAUAAAAGAGACUUGAAAAUCGCCCUGAAAUUUUCUUAACUAGUAUCUAAUUGAAAGACUAAAUCAUGAAAACACAGGAUAAACUGUUGUCAAAAAUAUAUCUUAUGUGCAUAAUUUGACUCGCACUAUUUUUACCGUGUCGCCAUCUUUCACAAAAGGGUAUUAUUGCGCCCUAAGACAUUAUUUUAAUAGAAUGCUAUGGAUUAUCAGAACUAAUUUAAACGUAAAUAAUUGGGACAAAACAUUUGAUACACUUUUUCUCAGAUUUCGUUCUUUAUUCGUAUUUCUAACGCUGUGUAACGAAACUUAGAACUAUUUUUUGCGUAUGCAGAUUUUAUGAUUUGUGUCGCGGUCUCAUUUCCUGUCUAAUUUAGAAAAUAUGAGGCUAGAAGUAAAUUUGUGAAAAAAGACAAGAUAUCUUCAAAGAUGGAUUAUGAAAGAUGACAGAAACUUUAAACAAAGAUGAUGAGACACUUGUGCGUGUUCAGGCACAGGUUAUGACCCGCGACGACUCGAGCGGAGGUUGGGUCCCAAUGGGAGGUGGUGGGCUCAGUUAUGUGGGACUGGUGCGGCGGGUCAGGCCUCAGGAUGACAGCACCUGUAAGAAUGAGUAUCUCAUUCUUGGACAGCGGAUAGCUGAUAACUCUGUUGUAUUGAAAUGUGAUAUUAAAAAAGACAUUUGCUACACCAAACCCAAUCCGAAAUUUCACCAUUGGCACAUAGAAGAUAAAAGGUUUGGAUUGACAUUUGAACGUUACAAUGAUGCCAAGGCAUUUGAUAAGGGUAUAAGAAAAGCGGUAGCUGAUUUAACUGAUGUUUGGUACACUGUUCUUGAUACAAAGGAAACGCAGCCAUCGGAUGGUUAUGAAGAUGGAAAAAUUGAUGAAGUUUUUGAGGAGCUUGACUUGCCGAUCUCCAGAACGGGAAGCUCUUCACAGAGUACGACAUCAACGACGACGAGCAGUCCGCAAUCGCCAACAUCUUAUGUACCAUCAGUGCCAGACAUGAUGUAUAAUAACUCGCACAAUAAACACCUCCAUCGUGUUCUGUAUUUCCCGUCACAACACAACAGCCAUCACAAACACACGUCACCGCAGAGCGACAAGAGCACAAGUAGUAAAGACAGUUCAGAAUCUCAAGGGGAUAUUUGGGUGAAGGCCGAUGAACCAACGUCUAUAAGCGGCAAAUCUGAUCAGGGACUAUUAGACUCAGACAAUGUGGAGUUAAAAGAAUAUUCCUAUGUGAUUUUUUCUAAAAGCCAACCGCACGAAUAUAGUUAUCCAAAUUUAGAACCUGUUCAGAAGCCGCCCUCUAAAAGAGAAGCAAUAUGUAGUAAGAAACAUGCACAAAUUACAGUACAACCAAAGCCCCCUCUCCCUGUGAAAACUAGUAAAAAGAAAGAUAAACACAAAACUUCCCAAACAGGAAGGUUAUUGACAAAAGCCCGGUGCAAACACUGCCACGAGAUGUUCUCACAUGAGGAUAAUCACCGGGGAAGUUGUGAAGAAGCCCCGGACAAUGUAGAGAAGUGUAUUGAAAUUGUGACGUGUGUUUGGUGUGCAAAGGGACUCAUUUACCAUUGUAUGUCAGAUGCUGAUGGGGAGUAUGGACAUCCUUGCAUUUGUGACCCAUCUGAUGAGUCAAACUGUAAAAAAUGGACGGUUUUGUCAGUUUUGUCGUUAUUUGUUCCAUGUUUAUGGUGCUAUUGGCCGUUAAAGGCCUGCCACAUGUGUGGCGUCUCAUGUGGUUGUUGUGGCGGUCGGCACAAAGCUUCCUGAGGCACAAUCACAUAUGUGACUUAUCACUGAUAUUCGCAGUAUUUUGUAAUUGCUCGCCUUUCUGUGUGCACUGUAGCUCGGGAGUGGUACAAGGUUAGUGAAAACCAACGUUGUGAAACAGAAUCUCCACAGGUCAGUGCAACGAGCUUGGUUGUCACAUACCGAAAGUUGUGAAAGUGUUGUGCGGCCAGUGGGUAGGAGCCGGUUGUCACAUACCUCCGCUUACUAGAGAUUACACAAUCUUAUUGUGAUGUGUUACCUACAGUGCUUCAAGGUUGUCCGAAAUUCUGAACAUUAUAACAACAUCCAUGUAGGGAUAUAAAACGCCUGUUGUAGACUAGAUACAAAGUCAUUCAGUGCAAUUAGAUAAAGUGCAGUUUUAGACAAAAGUUAGAGAUGUAAAAUGUGUGGUGCAUAGACUUGGAAGAGGACACAAUGAAAAGGAAGAAUACAAUAGAGUGCAGAAGGAUGCUGGAAGAUCAUUCUUUAUCUGAAAGAAUGUGUUCUAAGAUGUCUGAGAAAAGAAUAUGGGGUUGAUGUGAGUUAAACUAGAGCUGUGCUCGAAGAGAAAACAUUGUCAUGGAAAGGUGUAAUAUUCAAGGUCACUUCAGAAAUGACCUUGACCUUUUUCCAUGUGAAUGUUAUUGGUGCUCAGUAUGCACUUAAAACUGUUCAAUAAUCAGUGUGAUAACUGUGGAGCUAAGGAUUUUAUAAUCCGGAUAAUGGUAUCUUCAUGCAGUAUAUUUACACUUAAAUAGUGCUUGCAUUCUGUUUGUGAUCAUUAGGCUUAUAAAAAUAAUAUUUGGUCCUUAGAAUCCUUGGCUACAGUUUAAAUUUUUCAUAUUGUUUUUUAUUAAACCUCUUGCCUUAAGAAGCUACUAUAAUGUUAUACUAGAUACUUCCUCAUCCCCUUCCACAGGUGUUGCGCCAAGUGGUAGUGGCUAAGAUUGCAAAACUUUAAUGGUAAAGAUAGCCAACCAGUAUUACUGGCUUUUCUGUUGUUUAAACAUCAAAAAUUGGUAAAUAAUUUGCCAACCAGUAUGUGUGACUGUUGUGUUAUAUUCACAUCAAAAUUUAGUUAAGGUUGCUUUUUGGAAAAUAGUGAGACUUGUAGUAACAGUCACAUUACUUUACAUACAGCUAUUUCAUUACAUGCCAUCAUUUUCGUUAAAAUUUUACAUGCUGAAAUCUUAGCUGUAGUAAACUAGCCCUAGACUAAUGUGUUGGGUCAUUUCAUAGGAAAGGUGGGUUAAACAAAUGGUACUUUUGGAAUUCAGGAGCACAAAUACCCCAACCCCUCCUACAGUUUUAACAUGUCAUGCAUUUGUGAUGCUGGAAGGGGAAUCAAACUAGGAGACAAAGUUACUGAAAUAAAAUGGAAUUUAAUACUUUUAAUAAAGUUAACUCACUUUUAGAAGCAAAAAUUUGAAAUUCAAGAGUAACAAUAAGAUUUUAAAACUUUAUAUACUAAAUAUGGCAUUGUUUCUUGGGACCAAAUAUGAUUUUUGUUUGACCUAUUUUACUGUUUUUUGUUAAUGAUACUGUGCUUUUAAGUGAUGUAUUAUUUUCAUAUAGUGUUCUGUUACUAUAUUUUAUCAGAUAAGAACAUCUUUUGUAUCUCAAUGACCUCGGAAUAUGCAACUGAGUAUAGUAUAGAAGACUUUGCUCACUAGUUUGUUAGUAUCUCUUUAAGGCUUGUGUAGUAACCUUAUAUUAACAGUACGUGUUCAUACAUUUUGAAAAAGUUCUGUAUAUUUCAGUUUUGUCAGAGAAUGACAUUUUUAAAAAAUAGCUUGGUUUUACAGUCUAUAACAUAGGUUUUUAAGUUUCAUACGUUUAAUUUCAGAAGAAUGAUACAAAUCUAUGCAGUUUGUUAUUUACAUGUAAUACAGAAUUUGUCGGAUUCUUUUAUAUAGUAGUAUUGUUGAAUACAUAGGAGGUAAAACACAUGUUGCAGCCCUGGUCUUGCUGUGAAACAUUUAAACAGGACAAAAUUAGGAAUAUGAUGUUAAAUUAUAGAAAAUAUACAAAAUAUGUACAUGAAGUUCAGCCAGUCAUGCUCAUAUACUUAAUAUACUUAAGCUUUAUACUUGAAAAUGAUGUUAUCUGAUUGGUCAAGCUUGAAAAAUCUAUUAUGUUUGAACCAAUGAAAAAAAAAUUCAAAUCUACUAUUUAACUUUUGGAAACUGCUUUAGAAGAAAUCCUAUCACUGACAGUGACUAUAUAUAUCAUUCAUAGGUGUAUUAAUUUUUAUUGAAAGUAAAUGUCUUAUUUUUCCAAGUUAGUUUUCAAUGGAAACAUUCUUACAUUUGUAUGUCAAAUGUGCAGUUGCUUUAAUUGUUUUGAAAGUUUUCGUGUUAAAAUUAAUUUUUGUUUAAUCUUAUUAUAACUGAAUCUCUAAAAUGUACAUAAGGAUUGCUGGAAAUAUAAAUCUCUGAAUUAAAGACAUGAUAUUUAUCCAUUUAAGUAGCAAGUUUGUGCUAUGAAUUCAUGCAGUAAUUUAUUUUUUUUUUUCUUGGUAGUUUUUGAAUUUUACUGCAAAUAAUCAUUCAAAGGUACUCAAGUCUUUUUCUCCAAAAGCUUUAUUUGUUGGUUGGAGCAGGAAGGAUUAUUAGGAAUAAGGUCAUUUAAAAAUUCUAAAAAAUCACUUUAAUUUGAAAAUGAAGAAAUGAAGUGAAUUAGGUUUUCAAGGAAAAUUUUGUGUAGAGAGUAACUAUGUUUUCUUUGUAUUUUGUUAUGGAGUUAACCGUGGUGCCAAAGUUGAUUUUAUUAUGUUGAACAUAAAUGCCAUAUUCAUUGUUGACUGUUUGAAGUGAUGUUGAAGGACUUAUGUUAGUAUAUAUACAGUGUUGAGACAAGAUCUGUGGUUGGUUUUAUUCUCUCUUCUAUAAUGGACUAAAGUUUUGCCGUUGGUUUUAUAAUCCAAAAUAUUUUGAUAUAUGUGAACUUGCGAAUGCGAAACUAGUUAGCUUGACUGUUCGAAAAAUAAUUAGGGCUAUUUUACUUGCUCUUGUAUUGGCAUAGCUGUUGUAUUCAGGUUUAUAAAAUUUGUGGUAAACUUCUAAAUUUCAUCUUGAUAACUGCCAUUGAUUCUAGUAAGGGGCAGCCAGUAUCUGGUUUUGGGUCAGGUAUCUUAGAGGUCAGGGUUACUUGGGUCAGAUUUCUCAAAUUUGCUUGUGUCAUAAUGUUUCUGAGUACUGAUAUUCCUCAUACAGGCAAUUCUACUCCAACACUUCUUCUGCCCUUUCCUUCUAGCUCAUUACAUCCCUUUUCUUAUCCCACCCACCCCCUACCUCCACACACACGCACACAUAAAAACAAAAACAAACAAAAAAUUCCUUGCACUAACUUACACCUCAUAUUGUUUUCUAGUAUCUCAUACUUACCCAGGCCACCUUUUUAUACUGCACCCCCUCCCCCCACCCACCACCACCACACACACACCCUUUGGAACUCAGUUUUGUAACACUGAAACCAGUUACUCAUAGAAAUUCACCAUAUUUCCAUCUGCUGGUAGAUACUUUACAAAUCUUAGUAAAAUGCUUUUUUCCCCCCAUCAAAUUUAUGUUAAAUUAAUGCUUAGUCAUGGUGUGCUAUUCAAAUGCAGUUGAAAUAACAUCAUUCCCAAUUAUAACCUUUCUGACACUUAUUAGAAUAUAUAUUAAGAAAUCCAUUCACAUAUUGCAUGUCUCAAAGUCGUAAAUGUCUGAAAUGUCAGAAUACUUGACAAAAGGUUGUCAUGGUUGUUUCAGGUUCUAAAAUUUCAAGGAGAAUGUUUCAAGAGGAGAGUAAGUAGGUGUCACAUAGCACCAGUCAUAUUAACAAACAUUACUAUAUCAACAGAUAUCUAAAAUAGCUUUAAGCAUGUGUGAAUGGUAAAUUUAUAUAGGUAAAAGUUAAUUCAACAGAUGUUUCUUUUUUAUCCGCUUCAUUGCCUUAUCAAUUAGGGAUUAUCAUCACUUCUGUUACAAGAUGAUAUUUAUUGACUAUAUAUUUAAAUGUGUAUAUGAAAUUAUGGCCAUGAUGGAUUGAUUUUUGCUCCUAAUUGUGUACAAGGUGUCUCGUGAAUUGAAGUAGAUGGGAAUAUAAAUUAUUACGGUAUGUUCUACAAUAUAAGCAGCUACACACAGCAAAUCAUUAAGAGAACAGUGAAUCCUGUUGACUAUCCCGAGUAGAGCCUCCAUGGCUUAGUGGCAAAGAUUGAGUAUAGCCUCCAUGGCUUAGUGGCUAAGGUUGAGUAGAGCCUCCAUGGCUUUGUGGCAAAGGUUGAGUAGAGCCUCCAUGGCUUAGUGGCAAAGGUUGAGUAGAGCCUCCAUGGCUUAGUGCUAAGGUUGAGUAGAGCCUCCAUGGCUUAGUGGCUUAGGUUGAGUAGAGCCUCCAUGGCUUAGUGGCUAAGGUUGAGUAGAGCCUCCAUGGCUUAGUGGCUAAGGUUGGGUAGAGCCUCCAUGGCUUAGUGGCUAAGGUUGAGUAGAGCCUCCAUGGCUUUGUGGCAAAGGUUGAGUAGAGCCUCCAUGGCUUAGUGGCUAAGGUUGAGUAGAGCCCCCAUGGCUUUGUGGCAAAGGUUGAGUAGAGCCUCCAUGGCUUAGUGGCUAAGGUUGAGUAGAGCCUCCAUGGCUUAGUGGCAAAGGUUGAGUAGAGCCUCCAUGGCUUAGUGGCUAAGGUUGAGUAGAGCCUCCAUGGCUUAGUGCUAAGGUUGAGUAGAGCCUCCAUGGCUUAGUGGCUUAGGUUGAGUAGAGCCUCCAUGGCUUAGGGGCUAAGGUUGAGUAGAGCCUCCAUGGCUUAGUGGCUAAGGUUGAGUAGAGCCUCCGUGGCUUAGUGGCAAAGGUUGAGUAGAGCCUCCAUGGCUUAGUGCUAAGGUUGAGUAGAGCCUCCAUGGCUAAGUGGCUUAGGUAGAGUAGAGCCUCCAUGGCUUAGUGGCUAAGGUUGAGUAGAGCCUCCAUGGCUUAGUGGCUAAGGUUGAGUAGAGCCUCCAUGGCUUAGUGGCAAAGGUUGAGUAGAGCCUCCAUGGCUUAGUGGCAAAGGUUGAGUAGAGCCUCCAUGGCUUAGUGGCUAAGGUUGAGUAGAGCCUCCAUGGCUUAGUGGCAAAGGUUGAGUAGAGCCUCCAUGGCUUAGUGGCUAAGGUUGAGUAGAGCCUCCAUGGCUUAGUGGCUAAGGUUGAGUAGAGCCUCCAUGGCUUAGUGCUAAGGUUGAGUAGAGCCUCCAUGGCUUAGUGGCUUAGGUUGAUGAGAGCCUCCAUGGCUUAGGGGCUAAGGUUGAGUAGAGCCUCCAUGGCUUAGUGGCUAAGGUUGAGUAGAGCCUCCGUGGCUUAGUGGCAAAGGUUGAGUAGAGCCUCCAUGGCUUAGUGCUAAGGUUGAGUAGAGCCUCCAUGGCUAAGUGGCUUAGGUAGAGUAGAGCCUCCAUGGCUUAGUGGCUAAGGUUGAGUAGAGCCUCCAUGGCUUAGUGGCUAAGGUUGAGUAGAGCCUCCAUGGCUUAGUGGCAAAGGUUGAGUAGAGCCUCCAUGGCUUAGUGGCAAAGGUUGAGUAGAGCCUCCAUGGCUUAGUGGCUAAGGUUGAGUAGAGCCUCCAUGGCUUAGUGGCAAAGGUUGAGUAGAGCCUCCAUGGCUUAGUGGCUAAGGUUGAGUAGAGCCUCCAUGGCUUAGUGGCAAAGGUUGAAGGUUGAGUAGAGCCUCCAUGGCUUAGUGGCUAAGGUUGAGUAGAGCCUCCAUGGCUUAGUAGCUAAGGUUGCUGACUUUGAUUCACUUGCCUCUUGCUGUAGGUCCGAAACCAUCCUUGUAUUUAGAAUUCUUUCAUAUUGUUGAUGGUUCCAAGCAGGUACCCACUUGUGAAUAAAUAAUAUCCUGAAAGGCACCUUGGGUCUUCCUCCACAAGAAAGCCCAUGAUCUUUUAUUGCAUCGAUGUUAGAAAAAAACAUCAAAAAAGAAUAAAACCUGCUUUCAUUUAAUGCCAACAGUAUUUUUUCUUGCUUUUACUUAGGAAAAAGUUGUAGAAUGAAAUGCACUAUAUUUAUAAUUGCUUUCAAACUCUACAAUGGUGAAUAUGGCAUUUUCAUUUUCAUUUCCAUUUUAUGUUUAUAUUUGAUAGUUAAAUAUAACGUUUGUACUAUAAUUUUAGUGCUUCUCAUGUAUGACUGUAUAUUAACCCUUAUCAUGCUGGACAUGACAGAUUCUGCCUUUGCAACCACUGUAGAUCAUGAUCAGCCUGCACAUCCCUGCAGUCUGCUCAAGAUCUGCACUGUUCGCCAUUCAGUCAGUAUCAUUUUGGUAAGCACCCCUUUUAACAGUCAGUGUUACUGUCAGAUGGACAAUUUCAUUAUAGAAAUUUAGCAGGGUAAGGGUUAAGAUAAUGUAAGAUUUUACUGGAUGUAUUAUAUUUUUUCAGUCAUUAGAGUUCAGUUGUUCGUUUGUUUUUUCAUUAUAUUUGUGGUAAAUGUUUAAUUUACUAGCUUAUGAGUACUGUUAAAGAUAUGUUUAUGUAUAUUUGUUUUAAGCAUAAUGUUACAGAAGAGGCACUUUAUUUGCCCCUAUUUUGUAUUUGUUUUGUUUGAAGUUUUACAUUUUAAACAAAGGAAGAUUGUGCAUAAAAUGAUAAGUGCUUUAAUUGUUCAAAAAAUUGUCAGGUUUUAAUGAUUCUUAUUACUUCUUUUUACGUUUUGAAAAGUUUUUUCUCAUUAACAUGUUUGUAAGUAAAAAAGUUUACCAUGAAAAUUUGGGUGUCGUUUUAAGCUCACCUGAGCUAGUGUGAUUACCCUUUCGUCUGUCUGUUUGUUUGUAAACUAUGAACAUUAUACUGCUAACUAAUAGGAAACCUGAGUUCUUAAGCAAAUUAUGUAAACUCAUAUGCAGCCAUAUUUCUUCAUGAAACUUGCACAGAAUGAAUACAGCAGCAGUUUUUCAGUCAAGUUUGUUAAAGGGCAAGACUUCCGUGAUACAGCUCAGUAUUUUAAACUUUAAACAGGAUAGAAAAAUCUUUCUCAAACUUACACUGAAUGUAUUUUACCCCAAAAUCACAGACAAGUUUGAUAAUGGGUAAAAUUUUUCAAAUUACACAGGAGUUAUGGUCCUUGAUUUAUCAAAAAACUCAUACUUCUGUAUAGUGCUUUUAUUCAAAUCAAGUAGGUUACACAAGUAUUCAGGUGAGCAACUUCAGGCCAUCCUUGACCUCUUGUUAUCUGUUUUAAUUUUCUUAAAAUAUUACAUUUAACUUAUUUUUUCUGUGUUUGAUUUCCUUACAAGGAUCGUUACACCACAUAAAGAUAUAUGUUAAGAGUUAAUUUUAAUACUUUAAGUGUUAGUUUUCAAAAUUUAAACUUUAUAUGCUUGUAUAUAAACUGAUCCUGGAUAUCCACUUACAAAAGUUGAAAAAAUGGCAAAUGUUAACAAGAUGUGUUACUUUUCUUUCUUUUUUUUUCAUGUACAUUUAUUUUUUGACAGUAUUUUGUAGAAAAAUAAGAGAAAGUACACAUUA